AUGAGUAAUGCUCUGCCUGUUGCAGAAUUGAUCAAUAACAGAGGAAUGAAUGUUGAUGCUAGGUGCCAAGCGUGUGGAGAGGAGCCGGAAUCAAUUAAUCACACUCUCUUUGGAUGCCAUGUAGCUAGACAGGUAUGGGCCUUAUCAUCAAUUCUGAACCCCCCUGGAGGUUUCCAUGAGUCUUCGGUGUUCUCCAACCUUGACUUCCUUCUAAACUCAAGGAAAGGUAAUAAUAGUCUUUUGAUAUAUUGGAGGAAUUGGCCUUGGAUUUUGUGGAACCUUUGGAAGAGAAGAAAUGAAUCGCUCUUUGAAGGGAGAUUGUUAACUUCGGAGGAGGUGGUUCUGAAAUCAGAAGAUGAGGCUGAAGAAUGGUUUCUUGCGCAGCAAGUAGAAAAGGACUGGGCUGUUACUGAGAAGGCAAGCAAGCCUUUGAUCCGCUUAAACUGGGAACCGCCACCGUGCGGUUGGCUCAAGUGCAAUGUUGGGGUGGACUGGUGUAAAAGGGACGGUCUUGCUGGAGGCGGUUGGGUCCUGAGGAACGAGAGAGGUGUGGUCAUCCUUCACAGUCGUAGAGCAUUUUCAGGGUUGCUUUAUAAAGUUGAGGCAAAUUUUGAAAUCCUAAAAUGGGCUGUGGAGAGUAUGAGAAGUCAUCAUAUCUCCAACGUGAUCUUCUCGGGGGAUCUUGAGGAUAUGUUUGGAGCAAUCACAGGACCGGAAGCAUAG